AUGACCGCGGCGCAGCACGGGCUGGGGACCCUCGUCGCGCGGCUGCUGGAGCGCGGCGCGGACGCCCGGUUCGCCGAGCACGAGCGGGGCCAGACCGCGCUGAUGUGGGCCGCCGCGGGCGGUCAUGCCGACGUGGCGCGCCGACUGCUGGAGUCGGGCGGCGGCGUGCGCGUACGCACCACCGGCCGGUUCACGGCGCUCAUGUUCGCGGCGCGGGCCGGCGACCUCGAGACCGUGCAGCUUCUUCUGGAGGCUGGCGCCGAACUCGAAGCGCGGGCCAUCGACGGCAGCACCCCUCUGCUCGUCGCCAGCCGCAGCACCGACGCGCUGGCCGGCAUCGACUGGCGGAUCAUUCCGUACGCCAGCGGUCACGAAGAGACGGCGCACUACCUCAUCGAGCGCGGAGCCGACGUGAACGCCGCGGACCGGCGUGGCCGCACCGCGGUGCACGCGGCGGUCGAGACCAACCGGCCAAACCUCGCCGCGGCGCUCAUCGCGGCCGGCGCCGGGGCGACGCCGUUCUGGCUCGCGGCCCGGGAUGCCAACCUGCAGAUGAUGCGCGUGCUGCUCGACGCCGGGGCCGAUCCGUUCGUGGCCAAUGCCUUCGGCACGACGCCGCUCAUGGUCGCCUCCGGGCUCGGCGAGAACGACGCGCGUCGCCCGCCCGACCACCGGGUCGAGGAGACAGUGUCCCUGCUCAUCGAGGUGGGCGCCGGCGUCAAGGCCAGCACGCCGGCCGGCAGCACCGCUCUCCACGGAGCGGCCGCGAUGUGGGAGGACGGGGUCAUCCAGCUCCUCGUCGACCAUGGCGCCGACGUCAACGCCGAAGACAACCGCGGCCGCACGCCGCUCUAUCUGGUCGAGUACGGCAACGCCAACGCACCCUCGGAGAGCACCGCGGAUCUGCUGCGCGCCCUCGGCGCGCGGGAGCCGGUGGUCGAGCAGUAG